AUUUAAUCAUGGUUUUUUCUAAACAUAUAGGAGUAAUUGAUUCAUCUUUGUAUUUUCAUAUGAUGUUAGUACUCACAGUAUUCUUUACCAAGAAAAAAAGUACUCACAAAAUUAUUUCACAACAAAAAGUAUAUGAAGAUAGAGUUGUUAAUUAAGGAUAUCCAUAGAAGUAGCAAGUCAAGAUUUCUGAAUUAAUCUCAAGCAAACAGCCAAAGUUAGAAAUAUGCUGCUGAGAAGCUCAUCAACUCCUGUUUCACAAAACAUUUUGGUAGAAAGUAAAAAAAGUGACUUUGAUAAUACUUCUGCAGAUCACAAAAAUAUUGGCUAAGUCUCAUUUCACUCAGCAAGCCAUUAAUGUUCUUUCUCAUGCAACUCUUCAUCUGAUCAUCAACUAAGCCUCAAAAAAUCCAACAACAAUCUUGGUCGAAAAACGCCCCGGAGAGUUCAAUCUGAAGGGAACUUAAAAGGGUUUGUGUCAAAAUGUGAUCUUGAUGAGGUUUGGUUGGUGUCAGAAUCUGAUCUUGAUAAAGUUUAUAGAAAAGGGAUGGUUUCAAAAUGUGAUCUUGAUGAAGUUUGGUUAGUCUCAAAAUAUGAUCUUGGUGAAGUUUAUAGGAAAGGGUUGGUGUCAAAAUGUGAUCUUGAUGAUGUUUAUAGAAAAGGGGUGGUGUCAAAAUGUGAUCUUGAUGAUGUUUAUAGAAAAGGGGUGAUCUUGAUGAUGUUUAUAGAAAAGGGGUGGUGUCAAAAUGUGAUCUUGAUGAUGUUUAUAAGAAAGGUUGGUGUCAAAAUGUGAUCUUGAUGAUGUUAAUAAGAAAGGGUUGGUGUCAAAAUGUGAUCUUGAUGAAAUUUAUAGAUCAAAGGUACUACCAAGAUCUUGUCACAACCAAGAAACUAACAAAAUAUUGCAAACAGAAUUAUCAUUUUCUGUUUAUAAGGAUGAAGAUUUUAAGGAGAUGAUUAAUGAUGGAAAAUUGGUGAGGGCUGUUACUAUAGGAAAUGAGAUAGAAGAUUUAGCUAGUGAUGAUUUUAGUUUUGGGAAAUGCAUCAUGGAUCUUAUUAAGGAAGACGAUGAUAAUGAAGAUUGUGACGAGAAAGAAGAUAAAGAAACUGAAGAACAAAAUGAACCAGUUUGUCCAAUGUACCUUGCUGCUGGAUUUGGAAUUGAUGUUAGUGGCAUGAAGUCUCUGACUGAGGGCGGGCUGAUGAGGGCGGGUCAUGGUGCUGACAUUGUACCGUUGAAUUUUGAUGAAAUGGGAGAUGUUGAAGCACAUUAUAAGAGUUUGCUUGAAGAAUAUCCUUUCAACCCUUUGGUCUUGAGGAAUUAUGCUCAGCUUUUGCAGUCGAAAGGAGAUCUUUCUGGGGCCGAGGAAUAUUACUUUCAAGCUACUCUAGCUAAUCCACAAGACGGGGAUAUCUUGUCACAGUAUGCUACAUUGGUGUGGCAGCUACACCAUGAUAAAGCCAUGUCCUUGCAGCAUAUGCUAAUUUUCUUUGGGAGAUCAAUUAUGAUGACAACGAGCACGAACACACAGCUUGAUGAAACUAAGGAAACCGAAGAAGUUGCUACAUCACACAACAUGUAUUUUGAACAAGACAACAGACAAGCUAGCCCUCUGCUGAAUCUUGCUGCAGGAUUUGGCAUUGGAAAUUGCGGAUUUAGUGGUGGCAUGACUCUGAAUGAGCUUAUAGCAGCUGAGGAUUACUAUAAGAGUGUGAUUCAAGAAAAUCCAAAUAACCCCUUAGUUUUAAGAAAGUAUGCUCAGUUCCUUGAUCAGUGUAAAGGGGACUUGGGAGGAGCUAAAGAAUACUACUCGCGCGCGGUAUUGACAGAUGCUAGUGAUGGAGAAAUUAUUUCACAAUAUGCAAAUUUUAUAUGGCAUCUUCAUCAUGACCAAAAUAAAGCCUCUUCUCAUUUCAAAAGAGCAGUUCAAGCUUCUCCAGGAAACUGCGAUGUACUAGCAUCAUAUGCUAGGUUUUUAUGGGAAACAGAGGAAGACGAAGAUGAAGAUGAAGAUAAAGAUAAAGAGUCAAAUAAUUACAAAUAUCAAUUUCAAUAUUUUCAUGGAGUAAUGGUUACUCCAAAUGCUUAAUCCCCCAAUACCAAGUAAAAUGAGUGGUCAGAGGGAAUUACAUGGUGGGAAAUCGAACUCUCACUAAUAAGGUGAAAGUUUAAAUAGUUAAUCAGCCGAACUAUUAAGAUUUUCCGUUUCCAUAUAGAUAAAUAAUAGUUCCAAUAGUAUUUUUUUCCUUCCAAAAACCGUUGUCAUAUAUAGAGAUAAUCUAUAGCUAUGGUUUUUUUGGUACAAUUUCAACGAUUGAAUUGCUAAAGUGUAUAGCUAUACUUAAAUCGUUGGAAUAUAGUGUUCAUAGCAACGGUUAGCCGUAGCAAAAAAAUACCAUUGUCAUAGGUCUAAUUUCUAGUAGUGUCAUUUUAAAAUAACUUCAGACAUGACGUUUAAUAUUAAGCUGUUGAUAAAACUGUCUGCUGAGUUAUGUAAGUCUGAAUUGAUCAGACUAAAAUGACUAAGGUUUAAGAAAAAAUGUUGAUUCACAAUGUAAAUUUUGAUGUUGCUAACAAGCAAAUUUGAAUUAUAA